CCUCCCUCAGCGCGCUGUACGCUCGCGGCGGCGACAGCGUUAUCCCGCGGAGGUCCCCGGCCCCCGCCUGCAGCACUUGAAAAGAAAACACAAAGAUGGUGUUUCCCUCUGUUGGCUCAUCUUCGCCGUGCCUCUCCUAGUCUGUUUCCUCCAUGUAGUCCCCAAGUGAAGAUGAGCAGCCUGCUGUGAAUAUGACGUCUCUGACAAGUGUCAUAGCCUCCCGUCAGUCUGAGUGGGUGUCCUUCUCUGAUGAGGUGCUCCUCCCUGCUAAAUCACGAGGUAGCACUGAGGAGCCUCUGAAGAAAUGUUUUAGUUCCUCAGACACAUCCUCAGAAGAGAACCACAAUGCAGGUGGAGAAUUUCAAGGCCUUUCCCAUGCAGACCUGGAUGAUGCAGCUGACAAACCCAAUGUGGAUUCUGCUGUGCUUGCAAACCAUGUGUGUCCCACUGCUGAUUUGUCAUCAUCCAUCAGUGCUUGGGUGCAGUUUGAAGAUGCACCAUGGACUAGUACUCCAUCCACCCACCCACAAGCAGUGUCUCCACCCAAAGCCCCCAGCUGGACUUCCCCCUCCUCCAACUCCUCCGGGAGACAAGCCCGGGCCUCGGAGAGCAGCUGGACAACCAACUCAGAGGACACCAGCAGCCCAAGCAUUGCUCCCUCCUACACAGAUCUCCAGUCAAUUAAUACUGAGGACUUGACCAGUGGUGGAACAUCUGCAGCAGAGUCAGCUGACAAUUCCUCAUCUCUCCAAGAAGAUGAAGAGAUAGAUAUGGAGGCUGUCAACUGGCAGCUGAACAACACCUCCAUGAAUGGGCAUUCAUCAACCCCCACCACAGUUCGCUUUCCCAGCUGGGUGACUUUUGAUGACAAUGAAGUCAGUUUUCCAUCACAGAACCUUUCUCCCUUGAAAACAGACACCCCACCUGCAGAAACACAGACUCCAGAUGUUAACUUUAACCUCACUACAUCCUUUAAGAAGAGAGAACGGCCUAAAAGCACAUUGGGGGACCUCUCCAAAAUUCAAAAGCUAGAUCUCUCCUCCUUAACCAAGUUGCCUUCUGUUGAAACACCACCAUGGAGUGCUACUAAUCCUUUCCUGGAUGAAUCUCUGCGAGAUGUCCAACCCUCACCCAUCAAUCCGUUCAGCUCAUUCUUUGAGGAGCGAGACAGGCGUUCCAAAAGCUCUUCUGUCUCCAGUGCUCCAGGCAAAAGCCAAAGAGACUCUCUCAUUGUUCUUCAUCAAGAGCCCGACACCAUCAGUUUCCAUGAGGCAAACAAAAGUGUAACCCACACAGAUGCUGUUGAGCAACUCAAGCAACUCCAGAUUGGAGACCCAGAUCCUGUGAGCAGCCUUACCUUGCCUGAUGAUGACCCCAUGAUGCCAUGUGAUCUGGAUGCAGCCUUAUUUAACCUGGCACCAGCUCAGCCAAAGGACGGAUGGCCAAUGAUGCUCAGGAUCCCAGAAAAGAAGAAUAUUAUGUCAUCCAGGCACUGGGGACCAAUACACGUCAAGCUGACUGACAGUGGAUGUAUACAGCUUUUCUAUGAGAAAGGACUGGAGAAACCUUUCCGGGAAUUCAAACUUGAAAUCAAUCAUGAGAUUUCAGAGCGCAAACUGCAGAACUUUGAUGAGAAUGGGAGGAUCCACAGCGUGCGGUUAGACCGCACAACCUACAAGGAGAAAAAAAAGUAUCAACCUAAGCCAGCCAUUGCUCACACAGCAGAGAGAGAGCAAAUUAUCAAGCUUGGGACUACAGAUUAUGAAGAUUUCCUUAGCUUCAUCAGUGCUGUGCAAGACACACUGAUGAAUUUACCAGCCUCAUCAACAGAUCUGAGCACAGUGGGACUGAACUAUCAAGAAGAAGAAAUCACAGUUGAUGUCAAGGAUGAGUUUCACGGUGUUUUGGCCAAAGGAGACAGCGUGAUUCUCCAGCACAGUGUGCUGACCCAUAUCUAUGUUCUCAGCUUCCUUUCUGGCAUGGCAGAAUGCAGACUGGGCCUUAAUGAUAUUCUGAUCAAAGGGAAUGAAAUAGUUGCAAGGCAGGAUAUUAUGCCCACUACUACCACUAAGUGGAUCAAGUUAUACAGGUGUCGGUUCCAUUCCUGUGUGGAUGAGGAUGUGUUUAAUAACUCCCGUAUUAUCCUCUUCAACCCCUUGGAUGCCUGCCGCUUUGAACUGAUGCGGUUCAGAACUGUCUUUGCUGAGAAAACUUUGCCUUUUACUCUCAGGACAGCUGCCAGCAUCAAUGGUGCUGAGGUGGAGGUGCAGAGCUGGCUGAUGAUGUCCACGGGGUUCUCUUCCAACUGUGACCCUUUAACUCAGGUCCCCUGUGAAAAUGUGAUGAUCCGCUACCCAGUGCCAAAUGAGUGGGUGAAGAACUUCCGCAGGGAGGGUGUCCUGGGGGAGAAAUCUUUGAAAGCCAAGGUGAACAAGGGGGCCACUUUCGGAUCAACCAGUAUGUCUGGUUCUGAGCCAGUAAUGAGAGUAACUUUGGGAACUGCCAAAUAUGAGCAUGCCUUUAAUUCCAUUGUAUGGAGGAUAAACCGACUGCCUGACAAGAACUCAGCUUCUGGACAUCCUCACUGCUUCUUUUGUCACCUGGAGCUUGGCUCUGACCGGGAAGUGCCUUCCAGUUUUGUCCGCUAUGUAGAUGUGGAAUUUGACAUGCCCACCACUUCUGCAUCCAAAGCCACAGUUCGGUCCAUCUCUGUUGAGGACAAGACCAAUGUGAGGAAGUGGGUCAACUAUUCAGCACACUACAGUUACAAGGUUGAAAUAGAGCAGAAAAAAAGCUUGAAUGAGGAUCUGAAGGGAGAAGAUACUGCAAAUGUCAAUGAAUGUGCUACACAGUGAAGGAAGAUCUGUCUGCUGGUCCCCAGGGGUUGGUCAGAUUAACAGUCCUGGAACAAAGGACUUGCAGGGUUUUGACAUUUUUCUUUUAAAAAGUAUGGAGUACUAUUUUAAAAAUAUGCUCUGAAGAGUAUUUUUUUCAGUGUGAAGAUCCAUACUUUGAGAAAGAGCUCUUUGAGGGUUUGUUUGGUUCAGACCUGUGGGCAUUUGCUGGACCUAUUUAAGUACAGUUGGGGUGUAGACAAAAUGAUUUGUAUUACAGCCAAGCCAGCCUUUUCUGCCUCUUCAUUCUGCCUCUUUCCGCCUUCAUCUAAGUUCUGCACUGAGGUAUGGUCACCAUCAAAGCCAAACCAGAAAGCAGCCUUUAUGUCACUUACAAUCUUGCCUUUCUUCAUUAAGCUUUUCUUUUUUUUUUUUUUUUUUUUUGGGUGCUUGCUUAUUUUAUCAUAGGUAGAUUCACUUCCUACUACCAAAAAACCCCAGAAAGCAUCAAGUGUAAGAUUGUAUAAAAUCUUGUUUCUGAAGUGGUCAAAAGUGAAAACUCUGAGCAUCAUUUUGGAGAAUCAACAAACUCUGCAUCUAAAACAUCCUAGAUGGCCAAGCACAUGAACUAGAGAUAGGACAGUUAAUCCUGUGGCUGUUCUACUCACCCUCCCCUGUCCCAUCCCCUGAAGGACAACAUGGCAUUCUGCAUUCUGCACAUUUUCAUUGGCUCUGCACAAGUUACAAGAAAGCCUCUGCAAUUUCUUAACAUUUUUAUUUGUUAGUUUAGGCUCUUCUGUUAUCUUGACUGAACAUUGUUAUGGCUGCUAGUAACAGGGAAUGUGUAUUAUAAUGGAGGUGAUAUAGGAGGGACUUCUUUGAGAUUAGAUCAUCCCUGCCUAGUUAUAUAUUUAAGGGAAAAACACUGGGGUUUGGGUUUGUUGAGUUUUUUUAAUAUGUUUUCUUGGACGGGUGAGGUGGAUUGUUACUGAAAAUGUCAGAACACGAUUAUUUUAGUAGAAAAUGUUUGCCUUCCUGAAAAUCCUUGGAAGCCUGUCCAGCACAGUAUUACUUUUAUGUUCUAUCUUGAACCUCGAACAUAAUUAACUUGUAUCUUUAUAAAACACCCACUAACUGGGGCCUAAAGUCUCUUCAAAAAUGAACAACAAUCUUCCAUCAUGGAGAUGUCUCAGCUGAAAGUAACAGAAAGUCUCAAAACUUCCUUCUAAAUAAAAAUGCAGAAGGAAAAAAUCACUCAUUCAUAUAUAUUUUCAGAGAAAACAGUGUUCAACUGCUUUCAGACCCAUUUCUGUAGUUGUUUCCAUGGUUUGCAAAAUAUUUUCUCUUGAGGUAAUUUUAAAUGAAAAAAAAAAAGUAAUUUAUUAAAUAACUUAUCUUUUGAAAGGUUACUGCUGACUUUAAAAAUCACACAUUUAGAAAGCCUUGGCAAUGUAAUUUAAAAUCAUAAUGAAUUAAAGCUCUUUUAUAAAUUAAUUUUAUUUUACAUUUCAUACAACAGGAAAUUAAUAUACCCUCAAUACUACUUUCACUGUGGCUCCUAUAAAAAUCACUACAAUGUUAAAAUCCCAAAUAAAACAUGAGUGUGGUAGAACUGAAAACAAAUUGUACUGAUCUUCUAAAUGCCUUUUAUAUGGAAUUAAAUAUCAGGCCUAUGUCAGCCUACUGAUACAUACUUUCACAGGUACACCACUGUAAAUAUAUGAAAUCUCACUCCUUGUAGGACUUAUUUAAUAAGCCUGUAAUACUCCAUUGCAGGCAGUCCUACUGAAGGCCAGAGAGCUCCCUAGAUCACACCAUUUAGUACUAAGCAUUUGCUACAUCCCUUUCUACAUGGCAGAAUGCUAUUAACUAUUAAAUCUAUUAAUUAUAGAGACUGGAUGUGGCACUCAGUGCCAUAGUCUAGCAACCACAAUGGUGGUUCAAGGGUUGGACUUGAUGCUCUCGAGGUCCCUUCCAACCCAGCCAAUUCUAUGAUUCUAUGAUUCUAUCAUAGAAGCAUUUUGAGAUCAUCAUAUUAAAAUUACUGAUAAAGUGCAAAGAAUUGUUAUUUAUUAAACAAUAACUGCUAUAGGUUGUGAAAUAUCUGAGAGCAUGUGGCUGAAUUUGUGACUGAUUCUCAGCUCUGCUACAGGCUGGCUGGGAUGAGUUGUGUGGCAACUCCUCUCUACAAAACUCACUCUUCUUUUCAAAGGCAUCCAAAGAACUUCUGGGUGCUUUGCCUGUUCUCACUGCAGCUUCCAGUGUGCAGUUUCUGAAGAGGACCAGCCAGAAAUCCAACAAAACAAGCUGAAGGAGUGCUGAGAUGUUGCUGAGGAAGUGUGAGAAAGUUUUGUGAAAGAAACAGUUGGGAAACUUCCUAUUCUAAUGGCAGUCUCAGUGGCUGAAUUUUUGCCUGUUUUCCCCCAGCCCUUGAAAAGACAAAUGAGGAACAGCAAAUAAGCACAGUUAUAUUGUACUCCUUAAAGAGGUGAGAAAAUCAAAGAAAUAUAAUUUUUCAUCUCUGUUGAAUUUAAAAUUUUUCAAUCUCUCUGCUCCAGCCAUAGAAUAUCUCAUGCCCCCAAAGCUUCAAGAUGAGCAUACAGGAGGAGGCUUCUGUGUUUAUUUAACUUCUAUACCUCUUCUAAAUAUUUUUUUUUCCUUAAAUUCAAAUUUUAUGAAUGAAAGUGAGAGUAUGGGCCUGACUCUGGGCUCUCCUGUAGUUAAUUGUACAGCAGAGGUUUUAAAAGUUUCCUGAUGAAGUUACACAUGCAAAACUGGAGGUGUGUAGUUGUUUAUAAAAAAGAUAUUUUAAUCCAUUCAGAUCUCUGGAGAAUAACUUUCUGAUGUUUCUGCCACUGAAUUUCAAGAGUUUAGGAUUAAUAGCUCUGUUUCAAAAGAUCUUACUUCCUAUUGAGAUACUAGAGUAAGUAGUUUGAGUAGUAUCACCAGGUGUCACCACUGAACAUUUUUCUCAGUCCAGCACCAUGAUGCACGGAGCAUUUGAAUAUGAGGAUUCCAAGUGUCCUUUUUGAGGCUUCCACUAUUCUUGCUUGAUUAAACAGUGCCAAUUUUUCAGUGGUAAAUUCUGCCACUGUAUAAACGUUAUGCACAUGAAACAUGCACUCUUCAUCCAUAAGGAUGCAGAAGUAACUUGGACCAGACUGUUGAUGCGGGUGAGAGGGAAAGAGCAGAGUGUUGUCAGCUUUAGAGCAGCAGGAAUUAUUUAGAUAGAAGCUAUGUUUGUAAUGGGGAUGAUUAUGAUUUUUUUUUAUCUUGAGGAAAAAUACCUUUGCAUAGUUUCAGUUUAAUACUCCUUUUGAGAAAGAUAUAAUCACUGUCCUUUGGUUUGUUUGAAAGCUUUGUAGUACUUAAGCACUCCAUGCAGGAAAUGUGGCUUCAAGGUAAGCAUGCAUCUACUCCCUGCAGCUAUUCCACCUUCAACCUUAGUGCUAUUUUUCAUUAUGGUUUUGUUUAAUUUUUGUUCUGUGGUAAGACUUGAGGUAUUGCAAGGAAUUCUCCCUAGAAAAAUAAACACUCUUUGAUCACAAGGGGAAAAGAUGAACAACAUCUCUUGGCAGCUGAGCUUAUUUUAGUGAAUGUCUCUUACAUUUAUUAACUAUAGAUACUCUGCUAGCAAAAGAAAAUGGGCAAAUUCAGAGAAAUACUGUGAUGAUGUUAUUUUUGUCCUUUAUUUUAUUUAGACUCAGCUUUAGUCAUCCUAUGAGGAAGACAGAUUUUAGGUUCUUCAUUGUAGCAGCAUCAUAAGUAACAUUGCAGAUAUAAUUUACCUUUUCUGUUGGGUUGCUGGCUGACGUAUUUAUUUGAUAGGACAUCCAAGACCUGCUGGUCUACCUGUCCACAUGACUUAGUAUCUGCUAUCAUUCCCUCUUUAUCAUUUACCUCCCAGGAUAGGGAGCACUUGCAUGCAAAAGAGUAUGAAAGCAAGAGGAAAAGGUAUACAGAGUUCAGACUGGAAGUACUUGCUCUUUUGCUUGCAUUAAAUUCUUAGUAAUUUCCUUGGCCCUUGAAUUCACACAAACUAAUCAAGCCUUUGAUUCAUCACCUCUCUUGCAGAGGGUGAGAAAUUCCUUUCAGUGACUCUUAGCAGUUCAUGAUUAUAGCUGUAUUCAUCACCAAAACUGGCCAGCACAAGAAUUUGCAGCACACAGAGAUCACUUAUGGACAAAGUACUUACCCUCAAAUCUUCAUCAUAAGUUUUUCUGGGAUAUGAAAUUUUGCAUGAUAAUGGGCAUAGCUGUUCUGUUCAGCCAACCAUCCAUCCAUCCAUCCACCCUCCCAUCUGUCCUACCCUCCCUCCCUCUCUCUCUUAUACUGGCAGUUGAUUCUUUGCACUAUUGACAUUGAUUGGUUCGAUGAUUAUUUUGUAACAUGUUCCUACUUUUUGUUUUGUAAAAUAAGAAAGUCUAUACACUGGCUAACUUUGUAGAAGUGGUUUUUGUGGUUUUUUUUUUUCUUUUUAUCAGUUCAACUGGGAUGUCAUGUUUUGUUUGAACUAUGGGAAAACCUAAAUAAAUGUUAAGAUGAAAAAGCAUAUUCAUAUUUUCACUGUGAAA